GACCAAAGUUGCGAGAUGUAAACAAAGUUCGUCGCCAGCUGCGAAAGCUUCGAAUGGGUGAACGCCUUCGAUCUUAGUAGAAGGAAUACGGUCCGUGAAGUUUCACUGCGUUAGAAUCCACCUCCAACACGGCGUGUGCAGGGAAUUCAGACAACGAUGUGUGAACGCACGGAUGCUACUUUAUUCCUCCGCUUCGGAAACUGAAAAGGAAUCAGGACUGUCAAGCAAGAAAAACAAUUGGUGGUGAAGCUAGAACAGUACUUCAAGCGAGCAGGACAGAGACCUCACGUUACAAUGAACUAAGAAAAAUGGCUUCCGAAAACAGGUGUCUACCAACCUGGAAAACCGGGAAUUGUCGGGGAAUUUCAAUGAGCUCAGCGCCAGAAAAAACCAACAAUGUCUAUGCGGGAUGUUGUAAAGAACCUCUCUGUGACAUCUACUGUCUCUUACUGGAAACCAAUGCAGGCACAGGGGCGGUAAACACAGAUCACUCUCCUGGGAACAGGUCAAAGGGUGGCAACAGUUGACUUCUCGUUAACGAAAAGCCAACUGGUACUUGUAUGUUCAAGUCGUCACAAUCCUGCCCUUCAGAUUCACAACUGUGAUAAAAAUGGAGGUGUCCCCAGAGUUGAGCUGUCAGCUCUCGAGAGUAAAAUCGGAAACCCUGCAUGCUGCCUGUCUACCAGAACAGGGCCAGAUAGAGCAACAGCACUGCAGCGUGUCUGCAUUAGGAGGGGCGACACCUGGUGCGUGCCACAUAAAAGAAGAACCUCCAGAGGACUGUUCAGAUGAACAUCCGAUCGUGGAAGUGAAAACUGAGCCUUACGACACUGCGAUAUUGGAGGGGCGGGAUCAUCUGGAACACAGUGAUGACUCAGCAUCCGAAGAUGCAACAGCAAGCACUGGCUACAACUCUUCGAAUGCACAGUGCAACACCAGCACUGCUGAACUUCAAACUCUAUUCACGAACACUGUUCCACUCACCGAGCCGAAUCCCGGAGAUGUUUCUCCAGACCAGAGAGAGACUCAAGAGGCAAGCGAGUCAUUGUCCCGGACCUCUGACCACCAGAAAUAUGGGACGAACAGGUGCACGGUCUGUUUCACUCCGUGCAUUGACGUUGCCCACUUCGACGCUCACCUCAAAACUCACAGUGCAAACACAUUUACGUGCAACAUGAAUUCUGCGCCAAUUCAUCAAGCAUCACACGGAGUGAACAUGAACACAAAGCACCACACGGUCGAAGGGUUGUACAAAUGUGGGGUGUGUACACAUGAAUGUGUGUCGCAGGCCAGCCUGAAAUACCACUUGCUGGAGCAUGCCUGCAAGGAGUCUGUGCAGCGUCACAUUGAGGCCAAGCAUCAGAUGGGAUACUUUGGGAGUCACUUCAAUCCAUCUACAUUCCCCUGGUCUGAGAGUGGCGAGAACCAGAGAGAGAACCGAGACGAAGAGCUGCACGAGUGCAACUUCUGUCCUGCGACGUUCAGCUGCAGCACGAGCCUGCGGCACCACAGGCAGCUGCACGCGGGGGUCCAGAAGCCAUACAGGUGCGACCUCUGUGCCGCAGAGUUCAGUCAGGGCUCGAUCCUGCGGCGUCACAGGCGAACGCAUUCGGGCGAAAAGCCCUACAAGUGCGCCCUCUGCCCCGCAGAGUUCAGCCAGAGUGGGAGCCUGCCGCGCCACAUGAAGUUGCACACUGGCGUGAAGCCACACAAGUGCCAGCUCUGCCCCGCCGAGUUCACCCGCCUGCACCUCCUGAAGGAGCACGUGCGGACCCACACGGAGGAGAAGCCGUACAAGUGCGUCCUCUGUCCCGCAGGGUUCAGGCACAGCUCGAGCCUGCAGCACCACCGGAAGAGGCACACGGGCGCAAAGCCCUACAAGUGCGACGUCUGUCCCGCAGGGUUCGGCCAGAGCACAGACCUGCGGCGCCACCAGCAGAUACACACGGGCGAGAAGCCGCACAAGUGCGACGUCUGCCCUGCAGAGUUCAGCCAGAGCACGAACCUGCAGCGUCACAAGCGAACACACACGGACGAGAAGCCGUACCAGUGCGACCUCUGUCCUGCGGCGUACAGAGACAGCACGAACUUGCGUCGUCACAGGCAGAAGCACACGGGCGAGAAGCAGCACAAGUGUGACCUCUGUCCCGCAGCGUUCAUCCAGAGUACGCACCUGCGUCGCCACCAGCUGAUACACAUGGGCGAAAAGCCGCACAGGCCCGACCUGUGUCCCGCGGAGUUCAGCUACGCAGCGAGGGUUGGCGGCAUCACAAGUUGACACACCUGCGAGAGGGAGUAGAAGUGUGGCAUUUAUCAGCACGAACCCGCGGCAUUGCAAACGUGAGACACAUGUGAGAGGUGGCACACAAGUGUCAACUUACUUCUGUUGCUUGUCCUCUACCUGGAGACCUGAAGAUGCACAUGGUGAUGCGCGGAGAGGGAGAUGCCGUACAACUUGAAUUGGAAAGGCAGAACGAGCAGUUAAAGCACACGUAGCACUCACUGCCUCCUUGGCAACUGCCGUCUUUCAAAUGCUGUACGGAUUGAAACUGUAGCCCACCUGUCAGGCCUCACUUGCAUGCAUGAAUAUGCUAAGGUUGAAAAAAAAAAAAAGUUGGUGCAUCUAAAAUGUGAAAAAACCUCCAGUGAUGGAAAGUCAGACACAAAGAGGAUGCUCCCUCACAGGGGCUUCGAAGUGCCAAGAUUUAUUUCUGUGAACGAUAUCCCUUUGUUCCUCUUUUUCUUCUGGAGAGUGGGGACAGAUACUUAUCUUCCGGUUAUUUUAUUCCUCACAUCUUAUGAGCUGAUCAAAAAGAAGUAAACAGAAAAAAAAAAGGUAGGAAGUGCACAAACAGAAGAGUGUUCUAUGGGUUAGACGACACGAAAGGAAUAAAUGAAGCGGAACAAGGUAAGGAUCCGUCACAAGAGCAAAAGCAGGGACGAUAAAUAAGCCCUCAUCGGGCACUCAAGUGCAUCCUUCCUUUGUGCGCCUUUUGAUGUGACGGCAUUAUUGCGGAUACGUCCCAGGAUAUUCUGUGACGUGAACGAAAGGUAAGUAUAGUAGCGCCAAGGGGCGAUAGCUUGCACCACGUGCAAGCUAUCGCCCGCACGUGUACCGCACUGGGGCAUAGGUAGAGCCUGAAGUUUUAGGGCUUUACCCGAUUCUUCCCCAAAUUUGCACCCCGAAUUGAUGGUUGCCUCUUUAGGGUGAAACCCGAUUUUUACCAGGCAAAUUGCCCUCUCUGGGAUGUCUGUAGGUAUGCACCAUCUUACUUGUUUGGCAGAAAAAUGUAGUUGCAUCACCGUUUCUACCAAACCGCUACAAUUAGUUUGAAUAACUGAGCCCGAUUUCUCCCCGAUUUUAGCGUAAUGGAUAUUUUUUUCACUCGAAUUCGCAUAAAUUUAGUGCACAUGUGUAUUUACCCGAUUUUUACCCCCCGAAUUUAGAAAAAAAUAUUUCCUGAAAACUUCAGGCUCUAAGCAUAGGCCGGCAUUCACAAAAAUUCAUUCAGCAUUCGCAACCAUGACUACAACUGGUAACAUUGUGUCGCCAUAGAAACAUAUAAUUUAUUCCUGGGUUAAUAUGGGUCACUAUUCUCAACCCGUACCCGCAGCCAACAGAAACAGAAGUUUUGUCGGGAAAUUAACUCAGAUACACCAGCACCCCGUAUAUUUUCAGAAGUUUGCCCAACCUGUCAUGCCUCCCAGUUUCGGUUUUUUAAUUUGGGUGUGUUUCACCCGUGUCUGACCCGCUACCUGUUUCAGGCGUUGAUUUUUCUGGCGUGUACAUUGUAUACCCUGCGGUUAUUGGUGCGUAUAAAUUGCAAUGUAAUUCCAAAACAGUGCGUCCCAGCGCCAGUCUUAAAAAAGUACAAAGUUAGCCCGUGUGAGUCAUCAAUAUUGCUCCACAGCGAAGUGGUGAUACCUAGAUCGUUAAAGCAUAGAUCGUUUAAGCUAAUUGCAGCGAUUAAUCUCCCUAGUCUUCCAUCAGAUAUUUAUUUGUAUUGGACGUGUUUUGUUUUGGUUAAAACUAAUAAACAAAUUUACCAGUGUA